AUGAACUGCUUUCUGAUCCUCACUUUGACCAAUUGCUUCAAGAUCCACAAGCUUCCUAGUAAUUCUGUGCCAUUCAAGAAGGACUCUGAUAGGCACUUGUUUACUGCAUUAACGCCAAAGCCUUUUCCUAGCAUUUCAAGGAUGGUGAUACCACCAAAUCCUGUUGGCACCUCCAUCCAUGGCAGGGAGUGUUAUCAGGAAGGACAUCAUGCAACGGAUGCAGCUAUUAAAAUUCAGAAGCACGCACGCAGACAUGGAUCAAGGAAAGCCUACAGUAAACUCCAUGCAUCAGUGCUUACAUUGCAAACGGCUUUGAGGGCAAUCGCUGCCCGUAAGGAGUUCACCGGCACUGGUACAGAUAACAUGACAGAAUAUCUUGCUUGCCAAACUCUGUUGGUGGUUGUUGCAAAUGGGCUUGGUGGAAAGAAAUUAGAGUCAGCUUGUUUGUCCCCUCCAGAUGUUGAGAUAUCUUCCUUAAUCAAAUGGGAAAGAAGUCUAUUGAGAAACUGA